AUGUUUCACAUGCGCCCUUUGCCUUCCAUUCUAGAUUUUACUCUAUUGUUGAAUGCCGUUGCAAGAAUGAAGCAUUACUCUCUGGUCAUUACUCUAAUUAAACAAAUCGAAUCAUUUGGUAUCUCUCCUGAUCUUUAUACUCUUACUAUUUUGAUUAACUGCUUCUGCCAUGUGAACCGCGUAGAUUUCGGGUUCUCUGUCUUAGCAACAAUUUUCAAACUUGGUUUUCAACCAAACCAUAUAACUCUAACCACUCUUGUCAAGGGCCUCUGUCUUCAAGGUAACAUUGCUGGAGCUGUGAGGUUGGUAGAAGAUAUGGAGAGGAAUGGGUAUAAACCGGAUGCAAUUACUUGUGGAACGAUACUAAAUGCUCUGUGUAAGAUUGGUAAGACUGAUAUGGCUACUGGGUUGCUCAGGAAGAUAGAAAAAAAGUAUUUUGAACCUAAUGUAGUGUUCUACAACAUUAUCAUUGACAGUUUAUGUAAGGAUAGAUUGGUAAUAGAGGCUUUGAACCUUUUAUUUGAAAUGCAGGGUAAAGGCAUUCAGCUAGAUGUUAUCACUUACACAUGCUCAAUUCAAGGCCUAUGCAAUUUUGGCCGGUGGAGGGAGGCUACUACUUUGUUGAAUGAGAUGACACAAAGGAAGAUCAUGCCAAAUGUGCAAACCUUUAGCAUAUUGGUGGACACACUUUGCAAAGAAGGGAUGUUGACCGAGGCAAACGAAGUUUUUACUGUGAUGAUUCAAAGAGGCAUUGAACCUAACACAGUCACAUAUAGCUCUUUGAUUGAUGGUUACUGUUUGCAAAACAAAAUGGAGGAUGCUAUCAAAACAUUUAAUAUGAUGGUUGAGAGAGAUCCCCAAACUUAUGCUAUCUUGUUGGAUGGUCUUUGUAAGAACAAAAAAAUUGGGGAGGCAAUGGCAUUGUUUCAAGAGAUGGAAGAUAAAAAUUUGGACCACAAUAUUGUGUUUUACAACAUCUUGAUGGACAGUAUGUGCAAUGCCGGGGAGCUUACAAUUGCAAGAGAAAUCUUUAAUAGUCUUCUUGCAAAAGGAUUGCAACCUAAUGUUCAGACUUACACUAUAAUGAUCAAAGGGUUUUGCAAAGAGGGGCUAAUUGAUGAAGAAAUGGGUGAGGCUGCUAAGUCAACAAACUCUCUUGAUUUUAUAUUCAAUCAUUUCAUUAGAGUAAUGGUUCCAUUUGAUGCUCUAACUUAUUCUACUCGUACUCUUACUACCUCUAGUAGUCGUUAUAGUAGUGACAGAGAAAAUGUGGAAACCCCAAAUUAG